CAAUACUGAACGUUUGCGGAAACUGGAAAGACAGUCAAGACCAAAGAUUUUUUGACGGUGCGCAGCUCUGGUGAUUUCGAGUUAGGACUCGUGACACAUACUGCUGGCGGAUAAGGCUUGACUGCCGUGCUUAGCCUGGGGAGGCGGUGCUGAUGAUGGACGCACAGCACCUAAAGCACUUAAAGCCCGAGUUGGCCGCGGUGCUCAACUGCAUUGCGUCUGUGGUUUCAGAGAUAUCGACGGUGCUUCGGUCUGCUGGAUCCGGGUACAGCGGCACGUCGAAUGCCUUCGGCGACAACCAGCUGGACGUCGAUGUCCAAGUGGACCGGCUCAUCUUUGAGCGCUUGGCCAGCUGCUCAGCGGUGCAGGGCGCGGGCAGCGAAGAGCAGCCCGAAAUAAAGGCGUUGCCCGGCCAGGGCUACACGGUGGUGUUUGACCCGCUGGACGGCAGCAGCAUUAUGGGCGCCAACUUCGCGGUAGGCACCAUCUUUGGCGUUUGGCCAGGUGGCACGCCGGUCGGCCGGCAAGGGCGAGACCAGGCUGCAGCGGCGUAUGCGGUGUACGGCCCGCAGACGAUACUCGUGUGGGCGCGGCCGCGGGCCGAGGCAGCAGCGCAAGCGUCGGGGGCGGAGGCAGCGGCGGGGACAGAGGCGCACGCUGCAGCCAACGGCGGCAGCGACGCCGCGGCCGAGGCGCCGGCCGCCUCUACCAGUGGCAACGGCGGCAGCAGUGGUGGCGCCACCGGCAGCCUGUGCUGCAGUGCAGCGCGGCUGGCGGAUAGCCACGAGGUUCAGGAGUUCUUGCUCCAGGCGGACGGCAGCUGGCGCCUGCUGCGCAGCGGGGUGCACAUCCAGCCCGUCAGCCGCACCUACGCGCCCGCCAACAUGCGCGCGGCGGCUCAGAACGCCGAGUAUGCGGCGCUCCUGCAGAAGUGGAUCGAAGAGGCGUUCACGCUGCGGUACACGGGCGGCAUGGUGCCGGACGUGCACCACACGAUAGCCAAGGGCAGCGGCGUCUUCUGCAACCCCUGCUCGGAGAAGGCGCCGGCCAAGCUGCGGUUGCUCUUCGAGUGUGCACCGCUCGCUUUUGUGAUCGAGGCCGCCGGCGGCAGCAGCACCACGGGUCAGUGCAGUGUGCUGGACGUCGUAGUGCGCACGCCCAACGACCGCUCCAAGAUCUGCCUGGGAUCCAGCCAACUGGUAGAGGAGUCGCUGCCCGCCAUGCAGGCGGCAUGAGGCGUGAGGCGCGGGGAAACGUGUAGGCGGCUGGGCGAGAGCGAGGUGCAGGAGUGACAUCUGGCUGCAGUGGGAGCGGUCGCAUAAGCUGGCUGGAGUGGGAGCGGUGGCAUACCGUACUACGGCGAUCUGGCUUGGGAUGUCAAGCGACUUUGGUUCAGACUAAACACCUUGCAAGUUGCUGAAAGAGUUGGGGCCUUUACAAGUGGCCGGGCUGGCUUCGCUGCGUUUUGGGGCUGAUGACGGGCGCCUGGCUGUGAAGGUUUGAGCCAAGCCAGGCGCGUGUCCGGCUGUGUUUUGAUGCGUGAUGGUGCACGAUUGUUGGUGUCGAUGGAAUUGUUUUGUCGUCAGUUUUGUGCGGGCCACGCGUGCCUUUGGGACCUCGGUUUGAGCGCUGCCCGCGGAGACGGCUCGGCGGUCGAAAGGCAACUAGCGGAAGGGCGGCGUUGAUGUUCGCGGCGUGCUCUUUCGUAUUGUGGCGUUAUGGUGUCCUGACGUGCUGGGGGUUUCGUGAGAUUGAUGUACAUGCGUGAAUUGGCACUUGAACGUAUGAAGGACACUUCUUACUGGGCGUGGCCGUGCAUGGUCACCAUGCGCUUAUGCUCGUCGACUGGUAGUCCCAGGCAGUUAAGCUUGCUAAGGACCUUGAAAGAGAGCGCUUGCGGCCGAGGUGUGGCUGCAGACAGACUGGUUUGCCUGGAAUUGGGAAAGCAGUGCAUGGACACGGGGUGCAUCCAGGGAGUACCCGGAGGCGACCGUGUAAAACACAAUGCUU